CAAAACAAACACCGGCAGUGAUGGUAGCAAACAACACAUUCCUCGUCAUAAACAUCUCACGAUUAAGACAUCACCAAAAAGUUCGGGUCAAGGAUGAGUUCAUUUGCAGGUCGAAUGAAGGAAUAUCCGACAGUUUCUUUGGACCGGUUCGACAGGGAGAACCUACAUGCCCGGGCAUACUUCCUCUCCCACUGCCACAAAGAUCACAUGAAGGGACUAAAAGGACCCCUGCUGAAGAGAAAGCUGCAGUUCAGUCGGACAGUCAGGCUGUACUGCUCCUUCGUGACCAAAGAGCUUCUGCUAAGUAAUCCAAAGUACGCUUUCUGGGAGGAAUACAUGGUUCCGUUGGAGCUGGAGAGCCCAACUCAGAUUUCUCUGGUGGACGAAACAUCUGGAGAGAAAGAAGACAUUGUGGUGACGUUGCUUCCUGCAGGUCACUGUCCCGGCUCUGUUAUGUUCCUGUUUGAAGGUUCUCAGGGGAACGUGUUGUACACGGGAGACUUCAGGUUGGCUGCUGGAGACGCGUCCAGAAUAGAACAUCUCCACUCCGGCAGCAGGGUUAAAGAUAUUCACAGUGUCUAUCUGGACUCCACCUUCUAUGACCCACGCUUCUAUCAAAUACCCACUAGAGAGGUGUGUCUGAACGGCAUCUCCGAGCUGAUUGGAAACUGGAUCAGACAGAGUUCGUAUCACGUCGUGUGGCUCAACUGUAAAGCUGCGUAUGGAUAUGAAUACCUGUUCACCAACCUGGGGGAGGAGUUUAACACACAGAUCCAUGUCAAGAAUCUGGCGAUGUUCAAGAAGAUGCCGGAGAUCCUGAGCUACGUGACGACCGACCGCAGGACUCAGAUUCACGCCUGUCGACACCCGAAGGAUGAGGAGUAUUUCCAAGGCAACCGGCUGCCGUGCGGCUGCUCGGCCGCUGACGGGACUCCUCUCCGUAUCAUCAGCAUCAAACCGUCCACCAUGUGGUUCGGAGAGAGAACCAAGAAAACCAACGUCAUAAUAAAGACAGGAGCCAGUUCAUUCAGAGCCUGUUUCAGCUUCCACUCCUCCUACUCUGAGCUGAGGGACUUCCUGUCGUAUCUCCAACCAGUGAACAUCUAUCCCAGUGUCAUUCCUUUGGGACGGACUCUGACUGAGGUCACACAGAUGUUGAAGCUGAUGUGCAGGAACGAGUCGGAUCAAGCUAGGUUCGUUUACAAACCUCUGGGAGUCCUCAAACGCAGCAGGGUGGAGCGGCCUACAUUCGAUUCAGGGAGUGACGACGACCUGUUUGACGGACUGGACCUGGCACCAGUGAGGAAGAAGAUGGGCCUGAACCAGGAAGUGAAACAAGAGAAAACUGAGAGUCCUCAGAGAACAGCGCCCCCUGUGUCUGUGGACGGGUCUUUUCCUGUCACCGACGCUCAGUCUGUUUCACGCAACUACGUCGACUGCACCGAGUCCAACGGUGAAGAGGAAGAUGAGGAGGAGGAAGAGGAGCAGGAGGGAAAGGAGGACGCAAAACCAACAGAGGAGGAGGAGGUGAAAGAAGGAGAGAGGGAUAAAGAACAAGAGGAGGAAAGAAAAGAGAAAUCUAACAAUCCAAAGUGGGAGGAUUUCUUCACUGCUGAAAUGUUGACUGACAGCCAGAACAGCCAAUCACAGUCCUGCUGCUCUAACAUGACCACCUCCCCCUCCAGGAUGACGGAUUCCCAGACGCCCGAUCUGUUCAGUGACGAGGAAGAAACCCCCGACCACAAUGAAGACUUUAGCCUGACGCUGUCCGCCUCUCUGUCCAAUCACUCGUCCCAGAACAUGGACUCGUGUUUACCCGACACCGUGAUCCUCCAACCAGGGCAGGGGGGGCGGGACCAAGGAGACGCGAGGCCCAGCACCUCGUCUCAGAAGACGGACACUGACGGUCUGAUCCUCCCAUCGGAGCUGUCGGAGCUGUCAGAGUCUCAGGCGUCGUCCGACUUUGACAUCCCCUGCACGCCGGAGUCAAAGGCGCCGCGAUCCGAUGAACUGUCGCACCUGUACAGGAAGUUGGCAUCAGGAGAGGAAGUGGUCAUCAGGAAAGGAAGUCAGGGCUUUGCAUGAUUGAGACGAAGCUUUAGGUCACUGUCGAUCGAGUAUGACAGAUUAUCGGCCACAUGAGAAAAAGAGACAAAUCAGAAAUUACAAGAAUGAAGUCGUAAAGUAUGAAAAUGAAAAACUUUGAGAUAUUCCUAAAAACAUCAUCUUUAGGAAUAUUACAUCAUCCAAUCAAACGGGUGAAAGGACAGUGGCAGCUGCUUUUUGUCUAACAAUAGAAUAGACUCAGUUUCUUCACAAUCUUUUCACUGUCCUGAUGGUGAUGAUGGUGAUGGUGAUGAUGAUGAUGAUGAUGAUGAUGAUGAUGAGCCAAAAGAUGAAGUAUUUUCUUAUUUGGGAAACCUCUGCUUAAGUAGACCUUCACAGGAUGCUCCAUGUUCCUCAUUUUAAAUAUUUCCACUGAAAUUAAAACGUCAUAAUCUGACUUUAUUCUCGAAUUUUGAGAAUUUUUUCCCCUCGACCUGGCCUUAAUACUACGUUGUAAUCCGAUGCUGUGGAUAAAUGGUAUGAAUGAAUUCAAACAGAGAAACCGUGUGUUCACUCUGAGCAUUUAUGAUUAAUUGGUUUGUUCUAAUUAAACAGAAGGAGGCCAAAAGUCACAGCUGCGCCGAUUCGAACAGAAAGUCAUGGACCUGCCUUUAAGAUUAUAUAUUUAGUGUUUGUGACUCCGCUGUCAUCUCACUGACUCGCUGUCAGGUGCUGUUUAUAUUUGUGAUAAACACAUCAGCUUCUGUAGCUCCUUACGAGUGAGACAUUCCUCCUCAGUCUAACCUCCAAACCACACAGACCUCAGUAUGUUAAACACACACACACACUCAUUCCAAUGCACUUUACAUUUACUUGUGCUCUCUAUGCCUGACUACACCUGUACUGCAGAUCACAGCUGACUUUUCCUCCUCGUUGACAGUUUGUGGGUUUUUUCUGUGAACAUUGAACUGACGUUGGGUCGAUGAACUUUUGUCCAAAUUGAAUAUUUAUGUUCAACUGAAGAGCAGAUGUUUUAAUUGUUGAAAGUUUAGAUCGAUAACUAGCUUCAUUUUAUGUUCAUGUUUGGAGCUACAAUGAUUGACUGCAAAUUAAAACUUUUGAUUUUAAA